UAAUUCUCUUAACUCUUUGUGCGCGCUGGCACUGCGGUGACGUCACGAGGCUUCGCGCCUGCGCAGUAGGAGGGCGUGGGGCGCUAUCAUGUCGGCGGCUGCAGAAGGACCGGAAGAGACGGAGGGAUCCGGGAAGAUGAGAUCUGUGUCUGUGGAUCUAAAUGUUGAUGCUUUGCUGCAAAUUGACAUUCCUGAUGCUCUCAGUGAAAAAGACAAAGUGAAAUUCACAGUCCAUACUAAGACCACACUGCCAGCUUUUCAAGGUACAGAAUUCUCAGUUACAAGGCAGCAUGAAGAUUUUGAGUGGCUACAUGAUGCAUUUGUUGAGACAGAAGAAUAUGCAGGACUAAUUAUUCCACCGGCCCCUGCUAAGCCUGAUUUUGAUGGCCCUAGAGAGAAGAUGCAUAAACUUGGUGAAGGAGAAAUGUCUAUGACAAAGGAGGAGUUUGCCAAAAUGAAGCAAGAGCUGGAAGCGGAAUAUCUUGCUGUUUUCAAGAAGACUGUAUCUUCACAUGAAUUUUUCCUUCAGCAGAUUUCAACUCAUCCUAUUCUCAGCCAAGAUCACAACUUCCAUGUCUUCCUUGAAUAUGAUCAGGAUCUAAGUGUUCGGAGGAAAAAUACAAAGGAAAUGUUUGGUGGUUUCUUCAAAAAUGUGGUAAAGAGUGCUGAUGAAGUUCUGUUCUCAGGAGUUAAGGAGGUAGAUGAUUUCUUUGAACAAGAGAAGACUUUUCUCAUAAAUUACUACAACAAAAUCAAGGAAGCAUGUGCCAAGGCAGAUAAGAUGACAAGAUCUCAUAAAAAUGUUGCAGAUGAUUAUAUAUAUACGUCUUCUUCCUUGAAUAGCUUGGCUCUGGAAGAGCCAACUCUCCUUAAGAAGUAUUUGCUGAAAAUUUCUGAGCUCUUUGAGAAACUCAGGAAAGUAGAGAAUCGUGUUUCUUCUGAUGAAGAUUUGAAACUAUCAGAGUUACUGAGAUACUAUAUGCACAAUAUAGAAGCAGCAAAGGAUCUCUUAUAUAGACGUACAAGGGCUCUUACAGACUAUGAACAUUCAAAUAAAGCAUUGGAUAAAGCUAGGUUGAAAAGCAAAGAUGUCAGAUUGGCAGAAGCACAUCAGCAGGAGUGCUGUCAGAGAUUUGAAAAACUUUCUGAAUCAGCUAAACAAGAACUGAACAACUUCAGACAGAAGCGAAUAGCAGCAUUUCGUAAAAAUCUAAUUGAAAUGACUGAGCUCGAGAUCAAACAUGCAAAGAAUAAUGUUUCUCUUGUCCAAAGCUGCAUCGAAGUGUUAAAGAACAACUGAAACAAUCUUCAUUUGACUAUGAGGCUGGAGGACAAUGAGGCUGGUGGAAAUGAUGAACUGUGAGCUGCAGUUACUCAACAGCCGUAUGGGUGUUCAUUUCUAACUUUGUUUCCUUAAAAUAACUUUGUGGCUGGAAAGUUAACCAGUCUGGCACUAAUGACAAAAAUAUUGGAUAUAAAUAUUGUACUACAUACAGAUUUGCUUAAAAUCCAACUAACGUAUAUUCCUCAAGCAGAGCAAAUAAUAUGCAUAAUGAUAACUGCUAAAAUCCUGUCAUGCCAGAAACUGUCUUCUGAAAAAAUAUAUGAAAUUGAGAGCAUGGAGUGGAGAAUCUGAUAAUUGCAAUCUAUUUUGGGUUUACUGUAGAUAUACCAUGGCUCCCAAAUUCUCAAGCUGCACUUCUAAUUUACUACUGCAAAUUCUUCUACAAUUUUAUAAGGAAGUUCCUUAACAUUCCAUUUCGUAGACUUCUCUUGCAAAGUAUUUUCAGUCCAAUGUUUGUAUGCCCUUGAAUUAUACCAAAUAAAGAUGCAUACUGAU